AUGGGUUUGUGUUUUCCUAAAUCAACGACUCUGCGAAACGCAGAAGCCGUCGAAAUAAAGCAGUCAUGCAAAUUUUCAUAUAAGGCAGAGCAAAAUAUAUGAAAAUCCAAAGCAUUAAAUGCUCCGAAACUUACUCUUGAUAGUAAUAGACUAUAUAAGAGAAGGCUACUGCAAAUGGAAAGAAAUGCACAAGCUUUAUAUAUAGCUUGUGAUAACUCAACGAUUAAUUCAACUUCCACGCAGAUCGGAGAAGCAAAUUAA